CAAUAAUAUGUCAUGGAGGAAAUUCAAACCGCGCUUUGUAAACUGUGUUCGUUAUUUUCAUUUGGGUGAAUUUAAUUUAUUAAACGCGUUUAAAUAUAUUGAGUUAGAUGUUUUAAUGAUUGAUAUUUAAGGUUAAAUGUACAAUAUCUCACGUUAACGUUAUAUUCGUGUGUAAACUUAAAAAUGCAGAAAACAAAGAAGAAAUCUGAAGCUGAACCAAUGGAUGUGGACGAAAAUCCAAGUCGAGAGAACGGAGACAGUAGUCAAAAUAAUGGGGAAAACGGUGAAAUAGAUCACAUUUCUGAUGAUGAGGAAGGUGGUAUGCGGAUUGGUGAUAUUUACAUUCCACCCGCGCCAAAACCUGCGCUUUCAUUUGAUACAACAGGGCCGAGACUUAUUAUAACACAUAUCGUAAAUGAAAACUUUAAAAGCUACGCGGGAGUGCAAAAAUUAGGACCUUUUCACAAGAGUUUCACAGCAAUAAUUGGGCCCAAUGGAAGUGGAAAGAGCAAUGUCAUAGAUUCCAUGUUGUUUGUUUUCGGUUAUCGAGCAAGUAAGAUCCGAUCUAAGAAAAUAUCCGUACUGAUACAUUCGUCUAGUAAAUUUCCAAAUGUGAACAGUGCUAGCGUUGCUGUACACUUCUGCCAGAUUGUCGAUGGGGAAGGAGAGAGCUACACGGUCGUGCCGAACAGCGAGAUUGUGGUAUCCAGGACAGCGUUCAAAGACAACUCGUCAUUCUAUAAUUUAAACGGAAGGCGGGUUCAGUUCAAGGAGGUAGCGAAGAUGCUGCGGUCCCAUGGCAUUGAUUUGGAUCACAAUCGGUUUCUUAUAUUGCAAGGUGAAGUGGAACAGAUAGCCAUGAUGAAACCAAAGGCGCAAACGGAGCACGAAUCGGGAAUGUUAGAAUACUUGGAAGAUAUCAUCGGAACAUCGAGAUAUAAGGAACCAAUUGAAAAGCUAGCCGUCAAAGUAGAAGAAUACAGCGAAAUGAGAAAGGAGAAGUUGAACAGAGUGCGUCUCGUCGAACAAGAGAAGCAGAGACUGGAACAGCCGAUGAGGGAGGCUGUGGAAUUAGUGGAACUCACUAAUACCGCUGUGCGAACUAGGAAUGUGCUCUUGCAGAAGUAUAUCCACGAAACUAAUAAAAUAAUAGAGAGCAAGAAAAAAGAAUUGGACGAAUUGAAGGAGAAUUUGGGCAAAAUAGACGAGAAGCUGGCGGAAAUCAAACAGCAGCUGCGUGACAAGACUACGGAACUGAAGCAUGGAACGCAACAAUUCGACGACAUGCAGAAGAAAAAGGACGAAAUCGGUGAAAAGUUGCAAAUGUCGAAACGUAAGUUGGUGUCCGUGCAAGCGGAUAACACGCAAGCGAACAAGAAAAAGGGAAAUCUAGAGGAGCUGCUGAAGAACGAAAGGGGAAAACUUAUCGAAUUGGAAUUGAUACCAGAUAAGAAUAAACGGGAAAUAGCGGACUGUGAGGCGCUGCUCGCCAAACAUAUGGACAAUAAGCGGAAUGCUGAAGAAGAAUUGGAAACGGCUAUGGCCGGUGUAAGGGAAAAAACAAAAGGCCUCCAAGAGCAGAAGGACAAAUUGCAGGCGAAACUCAUAGAUUUGAAGAAAAUUGUCGACGAAGCGAACAAAAACUUCAAACUCGCGGAGUCCGAGCUGAAAAUCUACUUGAGUACGGAGACCAAGGAGAGGGAGAAAUUGGACAAUAUGAAGGAAGCCUAUGAAAAGGCUGUUAGGGAUUUGGAUGAGAAGAAAUCUAUGAGAGACAAUUUAUCAAGAACAGUUCCAUCUGAAGAGGCGGAAUUGACUCAAGUUAAAGGCAGAUUGCAAGCGUUGAAGAAUGAAGAAACAGCUAUUACUACGGAGGGGAGACAAUUGAGAGCACAACUGGAAGAGUCGAAGCAAGCAAUGAACGCGAACAGAUCCCGGGGCAGAGUUUUGGACGCGUUGAUGAAGGAGAAACAUUCUGGGCGGAUACCGGGCAUUUUAGGGAGAUUGGGCGACCUCGGCACUAUAGACAGCAAAUACGAUGUUGCCAUAUCGACGUGUUGCGGCGCGCUGGACAACAUAGUCGUGGACAGCGUGGACACCGCGCAGGCGUGCGUCGAGUUUCUGCGCAGCAACGACAUCGGGCGGGCCACGUUCAUCGCGCUGGACAAGCAGCAGCAUCUGGUGAAGCAAUACGAGAAGAAAGUUGUAUUCCCGGAGAACGCGCCGCGGCUGUUCGACCUGGUGCGCGUGGGCGAGGCGCGCGCGCGCGCCGCGUUCUACUACGCGCUGCGCGACACGCUGGUGGCGCGCGGGCUGGAGCAGGCGGCGCGCGUCGCGUACGGCGCCGCCAGGCACCGCGUCGUCACGCUCGCCGGUGACGUCAUCGAGAUCGCCGGUACAAUGUCGGGAGGUGGCAAGACAGUAUCCCGGGGCAGAAUGGCCAGCUCAGUGCAACAGGACACGGGCGAACAGGACCCCAGGGUCAUACAGGCUACGGAGGAUAAACUGAACGCCAUCGAUGAGAGAUUGACCGGAAUACGCACAGAACAAGAGAGCUUAGAGGAGAAGUUGGUUGCGUUACAGAGGAGCAGCCAAGACGGGAAACGCGCCCUGCACAAACUGGAGAUCGAGCUGAGCUGUCUCACGGAGCAAGUGCCCAAUUUACAAAGUCAAAUAGAACAUCAGGAGCGGAAGGUGGCCACGUGCAGAGUGGACGAGACUAAGAAAGCUGCAUUGGAAGGGAAAAUUCAAAAUGCCGAAGAGAAAUUGAACAAAGCCAAUCAUGACGCCGGAGAGAUAGAGAAGGAAGUACACGGUGUGGACGCGCAAAUAGCGGCCGUGGCGGGGAACAGAGUGAAGGAGCUGCAGAAGAUCGUCGAAGACCUGGCGAAGAAGAUAGAUAAAGUGAAUGCAGAAAUAACCAAACUGAGGGUCGGAAUCAAUACUAGUAUACGAAACACAAAGAAGUCGAAAGAUAAAAUAACCCAAAUGGAGGCGGACUUGAAGGAAACCGAGAAGAACUUAGAAACUUACGGCAAUCAAAAGCGACAGUUGACUCUCGACAUUGGUAAUUUGCAGAAGGAAUUUGAGGAGCUAGGUGAACAAAUAACGGAAGGCACGAGUGAAUUCGCGGGUCUGCGUAAAGAAAUCGCGAAAUUGCAAGAAAACGAAAAUAAGAUAAAAUCGGAGAGGCUGGAAGCGAAUAAUUCUGUCAGUAAAAUGGAGAAGACGAUACAGGACUGCAGCAGCAAAAUUCCGCAGUGGGAGCGAGAGCUGCAAUCGCUCCGGCUGGAGGACGCCGGCGUGGAGGCGGCAGGCGGGGCGGGCGCUGCGGGCGCGGCGCCGCUGGAGGCGCUGGGCGGCGCGGCGCUGGACGCGUGCUGCGUGGAGGAGCUGCGCGCGCGCCUCGCCGCGCAGCGCGCGCGUCUCGCCGACAGGACGCCCAACCUGCAGGCCAUACAGGAUUACAAAGCAAAAGAGGAGCUGUACUUGCGUCGGGCGGCGGAGUUGGACGAAAUAACAACAAAACGGAAUGAAAUGCGGAAUCUGUAUGAUCAAUUGCGUAAGAAGAGAACUACUGACUUCUUGAGCGGUUUCAACACGAUAACGGCGAAAUUAAAGGAAAUGUAUCAAAUGAUAACUCUGGGAGGCGAUGCCGAGUUGGAAUUAGUCGACUCUCUGGAUCCAUUCACUGAAGGGAUUAUUUUCAGUGUCCGACCGCCGAAUAAAUCAUGGAAGAACAUAUCGAACCUCUCCGGCGGCGAGAAGACUCUCUCGUCCCUGGCGCUGGUGUUCGCGCUGCACUACUACAAGCCCACGCCGCUCUACGUCAUGGACGAGAUCGAUGCAGCGCUGGAUUUCAAAAAUAUAUCGAUUGUCGCCAAUUAUAUUAAGGAACGCACGAAAAACGCACAAUUCAUCAUAAUUUCCCUGCGCUACAACAUGUUCGAAGCUUGCAAUCGUCUGGUCGGAAUAUAUAAAACGCAAGAUUGCACCAAAUCUGUCACGGUGGAGAAUAAAGUGCCAGAAACUAGUGAUGUCGCUAAAUGUUAAUUUUGCGUAGUUUUAUUUAAAUAAAUAUGCUUUUUAUUGCGUCACCUUAUGUUUAUAUGAACAAAUUAAGCACUAGAU